CUCGGUCGCCUCAGCUCGUACGCACGAUGGCGACCCCCGUACAACAGCCCCCGCAGCCUGGCGGCGGGAAGCGCAGAGGCAAGGUGCAGUACGUGCAGGCCAAGCGGGCUCGGCGCUGCGACGCCGGCGGGCCGCGGCAGCUGGAACCCGGGCUUCAGGGCAUCCUCAUCACCUGCAACAUGAACGAGCGCAAGUGCGUGGAGGAGGCCUACAGCCUGCUCAGCGAGUACGGAGACGACUUGUACGGGCCAGAGAAGUUUACAGACAAGGACCAGCAGCCCUCUGGAAGUGAAGAAGACGACGAUGUGGAGGCUGCCUUGAAGAAAGAAGUUGAUGACAUUAAGGCAUCUACAGAGAUGAAGCUAAGAAGAUUCCAGUCAGUGGAGAGUGGGGCAAAUAAUGUAGUCUUCAUCAGGACACUUGGGAUAGAACCUGAGAAAUUGGUGCAUCAUAUUCUGCAAGAUAUGUACAAAACCAAGAAGAAGAAGACUCGGGUUAUUUUACGUAUGUUACCCAUCUCAGGCACAUGCAAGGCUUUCUUAGAAGAUAUGAAAAAAUAUGCAGAAACAUUUCUGGAACCCUGGUUUAAAGCUCCAAACAAAGGGACAUUUCAAAUUGUGUACAAAUCUCGAAAUAACAGUCACAUGAAUAGAGAAGAAGUUAUCAAGGAAUUGGCAGGAAUAGUGGGCAGCCUUAAUUCAGAAAAUAAAGUGAAUCUCACCAAUCCACAGUACACAGUGGUAGUAGAAAUCAUCAAAGUUGUCUGUUGCCUGAGUGUCGUGAAAGAUUACAUGUUGUUCAGGAAAUACAAUCUCCAGGAGGUGGUGAAGAUUGGUAAGGAUCUGUCACAGCUUAAACCAAAGCAGGGAAAAAAUGUGAAAGAAGCUAAAUUAGAAUCCGGUGACAAAUUAAAUCAAAAUGACCCAGCAGAAGGAAAAAAUAACCAGCAAGUGAUACCAGAGAAUAGUGAGGAGCUAGGGCAGGCAAAACCAAUGUCUGAGAUGCAGGGGGGGAAUGAGGGAGGUACUAAACCUGAACUUGCAAGUCAAAUCACAGAAGGAUCCAAGUCAAAUGAAGGUGAUCUCUCAUAGGAAGUCUUUUGGUGUUGGAGGUGGGUUUGUCACCUGGGAUUCUGUGAGAUGUUGCUAGGGUUCCAGGUAAAGUCGUAACUGAAAAUACUGUUUUUGACCUUUGUGUGCUGCAUAAUGCUAUUCUCACAGUAGUGAACAAUGAUUGCACAGCCCUGUUAACAGUCUUGUAAGAGAUCUUUCAGCCCUGUAUGGCAGUGUGCAUAGGCCCACACGCUGUUGCAUGGUGGGGCAGGGUGAAAGGAGGCUGAUGCUGGGCUCUCCCUCAUAAUUACCUUCCCCAGCCUCCUCUUAUGCUCCGCCAGCUGACUUAGGGGAGUGAACAAGCUCUGGGCAAGUAGAAAAUUAGAGGGAAAUUUUCAUCCUAAGGGAGGAAUUUUUAUGUGCCGCAACUCAGCUGUCCCCUGCCACUUUGUAGUAAACAUCGCAAAAACAUGGAUUGUGUAUGUUAGAAGUGAAUUGUUUUGUGACCUUUUUGUACUUUUUGCGAUUUUCUUGUUUGGUUAUUAUGUCUUGUUUUUAUAUUUUAUUAACACGUGUGUGUUACAAACAAAUCUGACAGUCCAGUUCUUGCAAUUUUUGAAGGCAAGGUGUGAUAUAGAAGAGGACCUUUCUAGGCGUAGAGCUGCAGACAUUUUUUAUAAGUUUAGUGAUAAAGAAUUCCAGUCUUCUGAGUUACUUCAGUAUACUUGUGCAACAUGGGGCACAAAAGAAUUCUGUCUUUACAAUGAAAGCUAUUUCUCAAGGGUUUUAUAUGGACUCAUAAUCCCACCUGUCUAUUCUGUUGUCCAUUUUCUGUGGCAUGCAAUUUACAAAUCUAGUAUUUGCUCCAGCAAUUGUAACUAUAAAUCACAGCCAUUUGACAAGUAAGAGUGUUGAUUAUUUUAAAUGGCUUUUGGAAUACCAAAACAGUAAAGAUUUUGUUCAAAAAUCACAUUCAGUGAAAAGGUUUGUGAAGCAAAUUAUUUAGUAGCAGUACUUAUUCCAGAAAAGAAAAAUUCACAUAGUUGGUGAGAAUCUAAUAAUGCCAACAUUAAAAUGCUAGGGCAAGAUGCAAUACAACAAGUUGAAAAGACUUUACUCUCAGUUUAGUAAGUUGAAUUACUAAUGGUAUGUCACAUAAUGCUAAAAAGUUCUGUGUAGUUAACGGAAAAGCAGCAACUUCUCUAUCCAGGUUGAUGAGUCAACAGGUUUCAUGAAUGUUUGUCAUACUGUAGCAUUUGUAAAAUUUGUAAAUGAUUGAAAUUGAAAGAAACUUUUUUGCUGCUAAGAGCCUCCCAAAACAGAGGCCAGUAUGUAUUUAAUGUUGUGUCUUCCAAUAUCUAAAAACCAAAGGUCUGUUAUCUGUACUCUUCGUGCCCCAUCAGUGGCUGGCUUCAUAACAAGUUUUGCCUCAUUUGAAAAGAAAAAAAGAAAUCCUGAUGUUGACAUUAUAGCACACUGCUUUCUUCAUAGAGAUGCUGAUGUCAAACACUUAGCAACAAAAUGAAGAAAGUUCUAAAUAAUGCUACACAAAUAGUUAAAUUUGUUAAAGAUCCAUUUAUGCAAGAAUGUUAAAAAAACAAAAACACAAAACUAAAAUUUGCACAAACAAAAACACUCAUCUGUUGAAUACAGACAUACAAUGGUUUAUCAGAGGAAGAGUUCUUGACAGGAUAUUUAGGUUGAAAGAUGAAUUGCUAGGGUACUUUCCAGAAAAUAGUAGGCCAGGUUUUGCCAAGUGCUUUGAAAAUGGAGAAAGACUACAGAAACUAGCCUAUGCAGUAGACAUUUUUCAUCACAUAAAAAAACAAACAAGUUUCUGCAAGGUGCUGGAGAAAAGAUUUUUUUCUUAAAGUGACAAGAGUCUUAGAUUUAGAAGGAAACUGACUCUGGAACACUCACGUUGCCAAAGGACCUCUUGAAAUGUUUCUGCCGCUGCUUGGACUUAAGUGUGAAGGAAUGAAUAAGUCUCAAGUCUCACUACAACCCACCUGGAAGAACUGCAAAACCGAGUUAAGUAGCAGUUCCCCUCCUUUUCCCAGCGUUAGUGUAUGACUGCAGGAGAAACUGGUUCUCUAAAUCUUCUGCUCAGCCCAAGAUUUUGUCUGUGAGGGAAGAGAAAGAACUCAGCCCUACUCUGACAGUUGUGGAUUUUUGUGAAAUAAGAGUCAACUUCAUGCUCACACUCGCAUAUCAUGAGGUUUCCCUGCAGGUGUUCCCUGAAUUCGAAAGUUUUUUCAAGGGCUCCUUCUAGGUAAAAUGAUUGAAAAAGGCUGGAAGGAAUAGAUGUCAACAAGUUCUGCAAAAUAAAUUGUCCAGACUGAGGAUAUUAAGGGGCUAUAAAAUUAGUUUUUGGAGAUGGGUUUAUUCUCAAGUUUUAAAGAGUUAGGAAGUAGUAUAAAUGUUAAGACUUCCCACCCAAGUGACUAUGUUUAUUUAAUGGCUAGUGAACAUGGGAAUAUAGUUUUAUCCUCCUAGUUAGUGGUCCUGCUCGGUAAACCAGACUAGAAGGAUUUGAGGGGCAAAGAGAACAGGCAGGACCUUGCUAAUGUACAUGGGGCUGGAGCUUCCUUACAUAUCUUCAGAUAUUUAGAAUGUUAACUCUUAAUGAGGUUGAAGUCAUCUUAAAAGGACGAUAAUAGUAUUAUUAGUAUCAUUUGGGGAAAGAGGAUAGGAUUGUGGUGCCUUCAAUGAACUUGCUCCAAGACAAAGAUGCUUUUACUUUGUUAGUGCAAGACAAAGGGACUCGGGGAAUACAAUUGGCUCUGUGUCCACAGAACCUACAACUGUGGAACUGGGUUCCUUUUACUUUGUGAAAGCUGCUGCUCAACAGAAAGAUCAUAAUUUGUUUUUUUUUUUUUAAAAGAUGACUGGCAAGGGGAUCUUAACCCUUGACUUGGUGUUGUCAGCACC